AUGACCGCACAGCGGCCCAAUACACCGGAGGUGCGCGAGAUGCAUGAUAUUUUGGACGACUUCUUGCGUGGCGACGUCGUACAAGAUCAGCCUGAGCUCUACCAUGCUGUGAAGGCCCUAAUGACAGCCAAGCCUGAAUACCGCAAACCAAUUACCAUGAUUCCCACGCAUGAAGUGGAACUGCGUCGCGAUUACGCAGUACAGAUUGAGAAACGACUUCUCAUUGCCGACAGAAAUUUCAAGCUAACGUCUGUCCACUUAACUGCAAUUAUGAUGACCCCUUUGGAAAACCUUGAGCGCCAUGGUUACCUCUCACCCAGACAAGCGUCCGUCAACGAGCUGGCCAGCAGACUGACCAUGGCAGCCGAUUUGGUGAAGACAUAUAUUCGGCAUAAAAUCUCAUCCCACCCCCAUUCGACCAUGAAGAGCACGACCAAGAAGAGCACGACCAAAGGCACAAAACCUGGAUCCCAGGCAGCAUCAUCUCGAAAGUCUCGGUCCAACAAGAAAGGUGUGAACCCGGAUGACCCAUAUUUCCCGCCUGAUGAUCGAGGUCUAGACCAAAAGGAUCUCUGCCGCGACCGCGACAAGAAACGGUGUAUAUUUACACAGACGGCUCAGGGUGAUGUGGCACAUAUCAUACCACGCACAUGGAAUGACUCGGUGGAACACGUCCUGUUAACGAAAAAAGUCAUCGCUGCCGCCCAGGCGUUCAUGGACCAAGAGACCUUUUCCAAGUACGAAGGGCUAUUUGCUGAUGACAACAACCUCGGUACUACAGAUAAACACUGGAAUAUGCUGUAUCUCAAUAAACAGCAGCACUGGUAUCUCGACCAUACGUCAAUCGGAUUGAAGUGUCUUGGGAUUGAAUACCCUUUCCCCGAGGAUGAUACAAAAGCCACUGUGUUGAUCCAACUUAACUGGCUACAUCGAACGAAACUCAAUCCGAACAAGGCCGUAACCAGUCAGGGUGAUGGCAACGAUUUCGACAAGAUGAUUGAGGGACUGCGACAGUUUGAAAACGAACGUAGUCCUGCCCGUGUUGAGGACGGGGAAGGCAUGUUCGCGGCGGUACGAGUUAAUAACCACGUGCCGCUCAUAUCAGGCCACGUUGUCCGUGUCACAAUGGCUUCUGAGGACGCCCACAAGUGUAAAGCCAUGUUGGAUCUUUCCUGGACGUUGGGUGUGAUUGCUGCCAUGAGUGGCGCUGCAGAAUGGUUGGAGCUCUCCCAUGACGACGACGAUGACAGGGAGGAGAUCAGCCAAAUGGCCUCAGUGGACCAGUGGGUGCAGGAUCAAACACAGCGUUACCUUAUGGAACAAUCCCACAAGGCCAACCUUCCUUCUGGCGCCCCUAGCCUUCCUGCUCCUGGCGCCCCUGGCCUUCCUCCACGCUCCCCCGACCGUCCUGCCUGGUCUCCGGACCGUUCUCCGUCCCGCCCUCCGGACCGUUCUCUAUCCCCGGCCCCGGCCCCUCCCCCUCGCACCCCUGACCGCCCCCCUCGCACCCUAGGCCAGUCGCCAGCCGAAAGGCUCCAGUCACCAAUCCCAUUAGGGAUGAUCACGAAUCGGCCCCGUCAGGAUAGUUCGCCCAAACGCAAGUUGAGACUUGAGCUUCUUGAUUCACGGGCAAGAACAAGCCCACGCCGAGGCGACGCCACCCGAGAUGACGCCACCCGAGAUGACGCUUCCCGAGACCCGUCUCCUGACAAAGGGAGUGAGAAACUCCAGCAGGGCCAGGAGCCCGGAUCCCCCCAGGCAAUAGUACUGCAGACAGAGUCACGUCGAGGUAGCCCUCGUUCCCCUCGGUCUCCUCGCAAGUAG